GCUAUCUAUAAAUAUUUAAAUAAUUAUUUUACUACCGGUUUUAUUUAUUUAAAUUCUUCCCCAGUAGCCGUUCUGGUUCUACUAAUUAAAAAGCCGGGCGGAGGUAUUUAUAUUUAUAUUAAUUAUAGAGGGUUAAAUAAUACUACUAUUAAGAAUAAAUACCCUAUUUCCCUUAUUAGAAAAACUAUCGACGCCCUUUAA